CAUCUAUGCUGUUUACUUUCUUUGCUAUUAUUAUUGUUAUAUCCGAGGACUGCUCAUUCCCGACCACUCCCGUCCGGCUCACACAGCGGUUGCACAUAGGGUGCUGCCGUCCCAGCAUCCCAGCACCUAGUGAUUAUUCGCCCGAGCCCAGAAAUGGGGCAGACCAAGUUGACCAACCCAACUGUUGUCCUAGAGCGGAACUAAUCUCUUUAAAGGGGGCCCAUAAUUAAACCGCGUCUGACUCUCUGGAGUCUGCAGACCCCAUCUCUGCAGUGCUGGUCGCAUACACGCGCGUUCAAUAUACAGUAGUAGUAUGCAGGGACUUGAAAUUUUGUCUGUUCUCUACCGCUUGCGGGUAUCCUUCCUCGCUCGAGGCGCUUCUAUUAAAUAUCAUUUAACGCCGAGGCACCCGCUUUCCCAAAUGUGUAUUAUACCUACGCCGUUCCC